AUGGUACUUGGCGCGAAACCUCAAAUUAAGUUGGAGAAAAUUAUGGGUUGCAAGAACUGGGUUAUGACAGAAAUAGGCCGUAUUUCUCAACUACAUGAAUCCAAACGGAACGGACUUCAGAAUGGCAAUUUUGAUGCUCAUUUAUUCAAGACUCAGGCCGAUAAUAUCAGACAAACCAUCCGACGUGGACAAAAUGAGCAGUUCUUGUCAGAACUACGUAUUACAAGCCCAAAUUCGCCCUCGUAUGCCAAUUCACCAAUCAGACCUCAGGAAAUCAUCACGCGUAUGUUUACUCGUGCCGCUCACAUAUACUUAGAACUUGUCGUUGGGGGCUUUAAAAGGGUUGAGGAGAAUUCGGACUUUUGUGAUGUUGUCGAUGAAGUGAUGAUGAUGCUUCCAAGCUUGCCACGUGUAGAUCCUUUUCGCGCCACCGUUUGUCCUUUAUAUAUCUUUGGAUGUAUGGCUAAAGCAGAAGACCGGCAAAUGUUCAGAAACAUGUUCUCUUCUCUACCAUUGAAUGAUCCUUUCAUGCAUCAUCGGAGUACCAUUCUACCGCUGCUGGAGAAGGUCUGGUCUCUCAGAGAUACCCAUUCAAAUGAUGUGAGCUGGGAAAACGUGGUGGAACUUUCGGAGGAUAAGAUAAUAUUCAUUUGA